AACCUUCGAUUAGAUGUCCUUAAAAACUUUUGCUGCCGCAGAAGUCGGCCAGUGUUGGUCAGUCGGCCUAUAAAAGUGGGCUACACAUUUGGACUUUCCAGAUUUUGUAGCAUACUUUUGAGUGGAUCUUGAGAUCAAACAGAUGCAAAGAUCGCAAAAGGCAUUUCUAAGAAAUCGCAAUAUUGUGGUAUUUUUUUUUCGGUAUAAUUCUCGCGAACGACCGGCUGGUUGGUAUAUCUGAACGGACGCGUAACGUGCACACACUCCCCCGACGUCUAUACAAAUUGAAAUUUUCGGUGAUCAAGGACGAAUUGUGUGUAAAUAGGAGAAAGCUGAGAGCCAGAGCCAGGUGCCAGUUACCAAUCCAGCGACAAUGGGUGUUCCAAAGUUUUUCCGCUACAUCAGCGAGCGUUAUCCGUGCCUCAGUGAGUUGGCGCGCGAGCACAGCAUUCCCGAGUUCGACAACCUGUACUUGGACAUGAAUGGCAUUGUGCACAAUUGCUCGCAUCCGGACGACAACAACAUCCACUUCCACCUGGAGGAGGCGCAGAUAUUCCAAGAGAUCUUCAACUACGUGGACAAGCUCUUCUAUCUGAUCAAGCCGCAGCGACUCUUCUUUCUGGCCGUUGACGGUGUGGCGCCCCGUGCCAAGAUGAACCAGCAGCGCAGCCGUCGCUUCCGAUCGGCUCGCGAGGCCGAGCAGCUGGAGGAGAAGGCGGCACAGCGCGGCGAGCGGCGAGAGCAUGAGCGCUUCGACAGCAACUGCAUCACGCCGGGCACAGAGUUCAUGGAACGCCUGCAGGCGGGUCUGCGUGCCUUCCUCAAGACCAAAAUCUCCACGGAUCCGCUGUGGCAGCGGUGCAGCGUGAUCCUUAGCGGCCAGGAGACUCCCGGCGAGGGUGAGCACAAGAUUAUGGACUAUAUUCGCUACAUGAAGGCCCAGCCGGGCUUUGAUCCAAAUACGCGUCACUGCCUAUACGGCCUGGACGCGGAUUUGAUCAUCCUCGGCCUCUGCACCCACGAACUGCACUUUGUGGUGCUGCGCGAGGAGGUGAAGUUCGGUAAGAACGUCAAGAGGGCCUCCGUGGAGGAGACGCGCUUCUUCCUGCUCCAUUUGGGGCUGCUGCGCGAGUACCUGGAGCUGGAGUUCGAUGCUUUGAGUACACCAGAGCAGAAGCUGGACGUGGCCCAGUUGAUUGACGACUGGGUACUGAUGGGUUUUAUGGUUGGCAACGACUUUAUACCCCACCUGCCCUGCCUGCACAUCUCGUCGAAUGCCCUGCCGCUGCUCUAUCGCACCUACAUACGGAUCUACCCUGAGCUGGGUGGCAACAUCAAUGAACAUGGCAAGCUUAAUUUGCGCCGCCUGCAAAUCUUUCUCACGGCCCUCACCGAGGUGGAGCUGGAUCAGUUCAAGGAGCAUGCCGACGACCUCAAGUACAUGAAUGCCAAAACGGAGGCCUUUGAUGUGGACGCCAACGAGAUCAGGGCCAAUGAGAAUUUGGACUCGGAUCUGGCUGCUCUCAUCGAUGACAGCUGUAGGCUUUAUGACGACGACGACAGCGAGGAGGACUGGAGCGACGAGGCCACGGCCCUGCUGCACGAAUUCCAGAACUACAAGCGCAACUACUAUCGCAACAAGUUCAAGAGCGAGACGCAGGGCCAGCAGCUGAUUAAGGAUCUGGGCCACCACUAUGUGAAUGCCCUGCAGUGGGUGCUAGACUACUACUAUCGCGGGGUGCAGUCCUGGGACUGGUACUAUCCCUACCACUAUGCACCCUUCAUCAGCGACCUCAAGAAUAUCGAGCAAGUCAGCAUUGACUUUCAGCUGGGCACGCCCUUCCUGCCCUUCCAGCAGCUUCUGGCUGUCCUGCCGGCGGCCAGUUGCAAGCUCCUGCCAUCCGCCUAUCAUGACCUCAUGCUGCAGUCGAAAAGCCCACUGGCCGAGUUCUAUCCCACGGACUUUGACACUGAUCUCAAUGGCAAGAAGCACGACUGGGAGGCGGUGGUGCUCAUCCCCUUCAUCGACGAGCGGCGCCUGCUCAGCGCCAUGCUACCCUGCGAAGUGAAUCUAACGGCGGCGGAGCGGGAGCGUAACCAACAUGGACCCAUGUACCAGUAUGAUUAUACCACGGAGUCGCAGGGUCCCAUGUCUGCCAGGCCGCCGCUCAAAUCGCUGCCGCAGCUGUUCUGCACAGAAUCGGCUCGAUGGUCGCGCGAAAUUAUGCUCAAUCUGAGGCACAGCGUGUGCGUGGAGCUGCCGAAUGCGGCGCGGCAUGUGUUCUUUCCUGGCUUCCCCACCAUGCAGCACCUGCCGUUCGAUUUUGAGCUGCGCAACGAUCGCGUCAAGGUGUUUGAGCAGGCGAGCCGCAACCAGAACAUGGUACUUAAGCCGCGCCAGCGUCAGCUGGAGGACACACUGGAGGCAGUGGCCAGUCAAUAUCUGGGUCAGGUGGUGCACAUUGGCUGGCCGCAUCUCAUCAAGGCCAAAGUGGUGCGCGUGGCCACGCGAGAGCAGCGCGUGGACGAGGAGGGAAUCGCUCAGAAUGAUGGCCGUCGGUUUGAUUCCGAAUGCAAGUCGUUGCAGGAACACUUCACCACCCGGAUGGGCAUCAAGUUCCACAACUACCAGGUGCUCGUCUACGUGCGCACCUAUGCUGGGAGCUCCUUGGACUUCGGACCCAAGGGUACUUUGUUUAUGCAGGACUCGUGGAGCAGCUCGGUCACCGGUUAUCCGGCCCAGGGUGUUGUGGCCGAGCUGACCGUAAGCGAGGGUCUGCGCCAAAAGUUCCACAAUGUGGAGGAGCUGUUCCCCGUGGGCAGUCCAGUAUUUUUCAUUGGUAAUCCCUACUAUGGCAGCGAGGGAACCGUGCUGGAUCCCUCGCUAGCCUACAGCUGCGGUCGCAUUAAAGUCAACAUACGUGUGCGACCGGAACCAGAGCUGAGGGCCGCGCGCCAGAUGCAGGAGGAGCGGGAUCGCGACUACACCAACUCCUAUGAAGUGGCCCAACAGCUAAAUAUCAACAAUCGGGCAUUGGGACGACUCACCGGCACCGUUUGGGUGGUUCUCGGGCCGCGGCGUGAGAAAAUGGAAAAUGUGGCCAAGCACAAUGUGGGCUUGCAGCUAAAGUUUCCGCGGCAGAACGAGGAGCGAGCCGGCUACUGCUGCCGUGUGGGCAAUACGUGGCUGUACUCCAGCACGGCCAUCGAGCUGAUGCGGGAGUAUUGCCAAACCUUUCCCGAGCUAGUUGCCUUUUUUGGACACAACAAUGACCGCGGGGAGUUUGUCUACGAACAGGAUAUAUUCCCUAAUGCCGUGGGCCAGCACCUGGUGGAGAACGUGGCCAAUUGGGUGCGCCAGCAGCCGCAUGCCAAGGUCGAGCGCAUUGCUUGCGGUUCGAAAACCGUUUGCCGCGAGACUGUGGAGCUGCUCCUGACCGCCGUCGAUGAGCUACGCUCCCUGCCCGUCAAGGAUGUCACGUUGCAGGUGAAGCCGCAUCUGUUGAUAAAGCCCAAUGUCACCCUGCCGGAUGUCUAUCGGUCGCGCCGCCCAGUCCGGCUCUUUGAUCGCGUCAUCAUCGUCCGCACCAUCUACAUGGUGCCGGUGGGCAUCAAGGGCACCGUAAUUGGGAUACAUCCUGUGACGGAUCCAAAUCCAGUGCGACUGGAGUGCGUCCAUGCUGUGGACACCUUCUGCGAGGUGCUCUUCGACAAGGCGGUGCCCAAUUGCAACGAUAUCCAUGGCAUAGCCGAGGAUCGGGUCUACAAGGUGCCCGAGAGUGCACUCGUCGUCAUCUACAAGAAUGAACAAGGCCCAAAGCAGGACAAGCAAUCGUCCCAAGUUUGCUCCCAUCCAGCCAGAAAUCAUGUGGACAAAUUCCGAGUGGAUAAGCAAAGGAAACAAGAGCAGCAGCAGCCGCAGGCCAGCAGCAGCUGCAGUCGCUACACAACGGCGGCUGGCAACGACUGGAAUACCGUCACCAUGAAGACGGAGAUAGCCGAUGAGUUCUUUAAGCCACGAGCUUAUGAUAAUGUGGAGACCAAGACGCCAAAGAUGGAGAAACCGGAGAAGCUGGAGAAACAGGAGAAGCCGGCCAACUGGCGUAACAACAACAACGCUCAAGCAGCCACCAAGCCGGGACAGACAAAUCCACCUUCAACCAAGGAAAACUGGAGGAAAUCAAACUCAAAGCAAGCCACCCAGCGUCAUCAGGGCGGCACUCCCAGAAGCGCUAAAAGCCAUGAGCCGGCAGCAGCAGCUGCUGGCUCGAAUCCGCAGGCACAGACACUGGCUCUGAUGUCACUGCUGGGCCUCAAGAAAGAUGAAGAUGUCCAGCAGCCGCAGGCGCAGGCAGCGUCGUCACCACAAUUGCUAAAGGCUCCCGUUCCAGGACAGAUGCCGAAUCUGCCCAAGCCACCACUUUUUUGGCAACAAGAGGCCCAGCAGCAACAGCAGCAGCAACUGCAGCAGCAGCAGCAGCAGCAGCAGCAGCAGCGAAAACAGCAGCAGCAAGAACAACAGGCACAGUCCCACCAUCAGCAGCAGUACGAUCGCCCGAUCCAGACACAGCAGUUCUUCCGUAGCAACCAGCAGCCAGUGGAGGCUCAUCAGCAACAGCAGCCGCCCCCAUUCCCUGUCCACCAGAUGGGGCUCCAUCCGAUGCAGCCACCGCAUAUGAUGGGAUUUGGACGUAAUAGGAUACUUCCUUCAUCACAAUACAACAAUUUGCCCCAGCGUAACCGCCGGCAAAUGGACACGUUCCUCCUGAACAAGGAGGAUCAUCAUCAGCAGCAGCAGCUGCCCCUACCAUUCCCGUAUCAGCCACAGCAGUAUCAAGCACAGCCGCCGCCCAGUUUCCAGCACCUGCCGGAGACCAACAACCAACAGCAAUCGAAGCCGCGAUACUCAUCCAUCCAAGACUUUGUGCCCAUACAGGCGUAUCGGCCCAAGCGGAGCAGCCAGGUCCAGGAUAAGCAGGAGACCGAAGGGCGAUCAGAGGCCACUAGCAGUGGUCAGUCGGUGGAGCCAAACGAGGAGACCAUUGGCCUCAUGCGUACGCUGAACAUAAAGCCGGAUACCAAUGCCGGUCCAUCCACAAGCAAGGAGGCAGCGGUGGCAGCUACUGGGACUACCGAACGGCAGACCGGCAGCAAGCAGCAGCAGCAGCCCCGAAAGCAGCGCCUGCCUCGAAUUGGGGCCAAAUUUGAUCAGGAUUAUAUUAUUCACUAGGACCAGCGCUUAACUCACUUUAAUUAUUUCCCUCCUCCCUAGUCAGCAAACUGAGAUUGCUUAGACCAUAAAAUACGAAUUCCAACGGCAGUCCUCACUGCGUAAACAUUUUUUGUUUUUUUUUCAUUUAGGUAAAAAAAAAGAACACGGAUUCUUUUUCCUUUUGACAAGGCCCAGGUUAGAUGAAAAUCCCUCGGUGAGACUGAACACAUCCUUUAAUUUUCUUUGUAAUUAUCACUUCAUCCAAUAAAUUGCGUUGCAUUCAGGAAGGCACAGAUAUGUACACCUUCCACACUUUA